AUGCACAGAUGCUUUGAUGGAGUUAGGGCAUCGAACGGAGACCCUCCAUCAGACAACGUGCUCUCCGCCGUUGGCCUGCGCCCGCAGUUUUUCAUCUCCGAUCAGCCGCGCAAGCGGCACAAGGGGGCUUUAGUGGGUAUGGAUGCACUCUCCAGCAUCGAGUCCCACAUCACCGCAGUGCCAGACAUUGUGGUAUGCGUAAGUGCAUUUCCUCCUCGUUCUGUGGGCGCACAGCCAACGUCGGUUGUCGUAAAACGCACACUGAAGAAAAGAAAAAAAAACAACCGGACGUCCCUGGCGAUGCCGGCCACCUCACCGUGGUGCCAGGGUCCAGUGCCCCGUCCAGGGGGAAGCCAAGAGCCCGCAUUAUACUCAGUCGCUGUUGACUGGGGCGGGCGGCAGGCUGUCGACAACCAGAGAGAGAGAGAGCAAGCAGCAUCACCGGCACUCUGGGGUGAAUGA